AUGGAGAACACUAAUUAUAAUGUUGAAGAGAUUGAAGAAGUGAGGGAUGUUUGCGUGGGAAAUUGCCAUGAUGACUGCAUCAAAAUACUAGUAGUAGUACUAAAAAUAUGUCCGAACCCGACAAUAAAUUCACAACCAGAAACCACACCGUCACCGCCGAUUGCAAUCCUCAUUUUUUCCCGGCCCACCGCCUCGUUUCGUGGCCUGCGUCUUCCUGAUCCGGUGAAAUCUGGCCUGCCCAUCAUGCGGUGGGGACGCAAAGCUGCCAGAACAGGGGCAAGAAAAGAUCGUCUGAUCGAACUUCCGAAUGAAAUUCUAAGCAAUAUCAUUUCAAGGCUUACAAUUAGAGACGCAGUAAGGACUAGUAUCUUGUCACGGAGUUGGAGAUCAGUAUGGACUUAUCAUGUCCAUAUAUUAUGUGACUCUGUUGGCAUUCUGGGUGAUGGAGUUUGUUCUGAAACUGAUUCUAAAUGGUGUUUUGACGGCGAAUCUGACGCGCAAAGGAGGCGUUACUUUGUGGAGACAGUUGAUCAUCUGAUGCACCAGCUUCAUAGAGAUGUGAAAUUGGAUUCAUUGGCUGUACAUUUUCAUUUGGGUAAAGAGUUUUCCAGUCAUAUUACUAGGUGGAUUUUGUUUGCAUUUAUCAAGGGAGCUGAGAGCCUGGAUUUUGAUUUUUCCGAAUGGCAUUCCUCUUCCUCCUCCAGAGGAGAAGGCGCUUUGUCGGUAGAUAAAUUCGAACACUACACGUUUCCAUGCUCGCUUAUCAUCAGUUCCCCUCUCAGGAAAUGUAUGAUCAAGCAUCUGCGACUGGGCUAUUGCAACUUCGGUUCUAUUCGCCAUAGAUGCAGUCUCGCCUCUCUGAUCACUGUUGAACUACGACAUGUUACUAUCGGUGAUCAACAGAUGGAUGCUUUUUUGUUGAGCUGUUCAUGCCUGGAAAAGCUGAGUUUGCACGCCUGCAACUACCUUGUCCACCUGAGAUUCCCUGAUUCCAAGUCUUAUUUGAAGUUUUUGUGUGUAAAAAAUUGCUUCAGAUUAGAAAGCAUCCAACUCAGAGCUGAAAAUCUUGCUACAUUUGUGUACACGGGUGAAUUUGUGGCUUUUUCGUUCAGAAACAUUACGAGAUUAGUCGAAACCUACCUAUCUUUCACUGGUAAGAAGAGACGAGAGGGUGUAAGUUUUGCAUUGACGAGGUUUGCUUACCAUGUACCUCACUUGAAGGCUCUUAAUUUGCUGUCGGUUCUGGCUUUACAUGAGAUAAAGUUUCCAGACAAGGUGUUAGAAUUCAGCAGUGUCAAAGAACUCAGCCUCACUGUUUUCCCCUUCCUAGAUGAAGACGAAUUUGGUUGGGCUACAUAUGUGCUGAAAGCAUUCCCCUUGUUGCGCAAUCUCCAGCUCAAUUUGUUUACCCCCAGCUACAUCAAAAAAACUGCGCCGAUUCAAAGGCAACUCCCGGAAUGUCAUCAACGCUCCAUCACUGAGCUGGAAAUAAAUGGAUUCUACGGCCAUCCGCAUGAAACUGAGCUCCUGAAAUACCUGCUCGAAAAUUUGUCCCAACUCCGGACCCUUUUGAUUAACCCGCGUCAGAAGAUACGCAAAGUAUUCAGCAGCUGGGAUUCUGUUGAAGUUCCAUGUAAUUCGAACAAACUACUUGAACCAGCAACUGAGGAUUGGUUACACAACUUGGUACCUCCUACUGUACAUCUAAUCAUCUCUUGA